GCAGGAAGUAGGCAGGUCCCUCCAUCGAGAGCUGUAUGUAGAUCAAUUGUCUCCGGCAUGAAUGGGGCAGACAUAAAGCCAUUGCGUUUCCCGCCUUCACUCCCAUUCUUCUUCUUCUCCUCCAUUCCAAACACAAACACAUUCACACUCCGCAACAUCCAAUUCCUCACACUCCAACCAAAAAAACACAUCUUCACUCCACACAUCCACACAUCUACCCAAUAUGUCCAACAUCAUAAACAAAGUCAAGGAAACCCUGGGCGGUGGCAACACCACUCACGACACCACCCACGACACCACCCACGGCACCACCACCACCGGUGUCCAUUCCAACACCCACACCACCGCCGGCCCUCACAGGACCGACGCCGCGAACAAGGCCGACCCGAGAGUCGACUCGGACCGUGACGGCCGUGGCGCCGGAUUCGGCUCCUCGCAUACCGCCGGUUCCACAAACGUCGGCCCACAUUCGAGCAACCUUGCCAACAAGGCUGACCCGAGAGUCGACUCGGACCGCGAUGGAUCCCACAACCUGGGACCCAACAACCUCGGCACUGGCACCCACAACCUCGGCGCUGGCACCAUGGGCUCGCUCGGCACCGGCACCCGCAGCAACGAUUUCGACCACCACACCCACAACACCCACAGCACCGCCGGCCACACUGGCGGCCUCAGCGAUGCCUACCCCAUCGGCACCAACAAGACGUCGGCCAACGCCGGCCCGCACUCUUCCAACGUUGCCAACAAGGUGGAUCCCCGUGUCGAUUCGGACCGUGACGGCCGUGGUGCCGGAUUCGGCUCCUCGCAUACCGCCGGUUCCACAAACGUCGGCCCACAUUCGAGCAACCUUGCCAACAAGGUUGACCCACGUGUCGACUCCGACUUGGACAACCGUGGCCACGGAACCCACGCUGGCACCACUGGCAUCCACAACACCCACAACACCCACAACACCCACAACACCCACAACACCCACGAUACCCACAACACCGGCCACACCGGUCUCGGCGAUGUCUACCCCAUCGGCACUAACAAGUCAACCAACCACGGCCCGCACAGCUCCAGCCUUGCCAACAAGCUCGACCCCGCUGUGGACUCGGACCGCGACCACCGUGGUGUUGGUACUACUGGUACUCACGGCACCCACGGCACCACCACGACCGGGCCUCACACUUCCACUGCCGCCAACAAGCUGGAUCCCCGUGUCGACUCGGACCGUGAUCACCGUGCCACCGUCGUUUCCGGCGCCCACGGUACCCACGGUACCCACACCGGCACUGGUACUCACGGUACUCACACUGGUACCGGCACCCACGGAGUCACCGGCACCCACGGCCACUCGACCAACGCCGGUCCCCACUCCUCCAACGCCGCCAACAAGGUUGACCCCCGUGUCGACUCGGACCGGGACCACCGCGCCAACCCUACCGCUUCCCACACUGGACCCGCUCCCAACACCGCCGGUCCCCACAAGAGCGACCUGAUGAACAAGCUCGACCCGCGCGUCGACUCGGACCUCGACGGCUCUAAGACGUACGGCGGCGACAAGACCCACACCGGCACCACCGGAACCAACACCACCACCCACUACUAA